GAAAGCCAUUUGAUGUCCAAAGAGUUAUAACUGCUGCUGUUUCCAACAUCAUAGUUUCUAUUCUACUUGGGAAGCGCUAUGACUAUGAAGAUCCCACAUUUCUACGACUUCUGGAAAUAAUCACUGAAAAUAUACAUCUUUCAGGGACCCCAAAUAUAUUGCUAUAUAACAUAUUUCCUAUGUUGGGCUUCCUUUUGGGUGCACGUAAAAAAGUAACAAAUAACAGAAAGGAGUUCCAUGAUUUCUUACAGACUACCUUCAUAGAAUAUGUCAAAAAUCUUGAUGAAAAUGACCCAAGGAAUUUUAUUGAUUCAUUUCUUAUUCAGCAAAGAGAGGAGAAUAAGAAGAUGGCUAAUGGAUAUUUCCAUAAUGAAAAUCUUAAAGCUGUUUCGAGUAACUUAUUUGCUGCUGGUACAGAAACAACUGGAAGCACUCUGCGCUGGGCCAUACUCCUGAUGAUGAAAUACCCAGAAAUCCAGA